CAAAAUCCUAAAGAUCUAUGCAUGUAGAGAUCGAAGUGAAUCACUUGGCGUGCGCAGACCCGCGAUUUUUAAUUCAGGUUGUUUUUUUUUAAAGUGUGAGUGUUAAGUCUCUGGUGAUUAAGACUCUCUGGAGGUCACAGCUUGGUGCCCGCCCACAUUGGGCGGUGCCUUUUCCGGUGGUUGCUUAGUAACAGAGGGACGCAGAGUUUGUUGUCAGUUGAGGCUGAGCAGGCAGGAUGGUGAGUAGCUACACAAUGGCCUCCUAUGGGACAGGCCAGGGAUAUGAUAGAAAUUAUAUGUUUCUGGGUAAUAUAUCAUGUUCCCCUGUGGGUGCUGCUGUCUGGGGAUCACAUGGGGACCAACAAGGGCAGGUUUGGGGAAUUUCAUGUUUAAUUUUAGGGACAUUCAGAAUGCAGGACCAAUAUGCUCUCUUUAUCCUCCCUCCCCUAUUAGAAAAUCCAUUCCUGUAAUUUUAGGUUAUUUAUAUUUAUAUAUAAUUGCUGAUCAUGUUUUUGUUAUUUUAUUAUUAUUUUUUUUAAUAUAAUUUGCUGAUCAAUAUUUAUUUAAUACUGGCAUUUAUAAAGCGCCAACCUAUUCCACAGCGUUGUACAAUUUAGAUAAAAUGCAGUACAAUAUAAACAGACCAAUACAAAUGGUAGAGAGCCCUCUCCCCCAACUCCCCUCGUUAUGACUAGAUGGAAGUGUGUAAUCUCUGCCUUAGUCGUACUUCUGUGGGUAGCCAAAGACCCUUACUUAGUGUUAAACUGCUCGAAAAUGGUUUGACCAUGUGACCAUGCAUGGCGACUCCAGUUGCUAUAACCAGUUCAACAAGAUGAAAUGGUUUUAGUACCCUACUGUGUCCCUUUAAGUAAAGAAAAUAGCUGGUAAUUUAUAAGAAUAGUUUGGAUUCAGAUGAAUGUUCUUUUAUUAUUUUGUAAGCCAUAAAUGUUAACCUUUUGAAUAAACAUGGGUGCACACCUUACUGGAAGGUGGUAAACACACUUAUGAUUCCAAUACAGCCAGUGAAUGUCCCCAUGAUUCAGUGCUCUGUCUCCUAUAAAUCAAGCUAUUAGCGUGUAUAAUAUAUUAUUAUUCACAUAUUGCACUGUGAUUCAAUCUUGUAUAUCAUAUAAUGGUGCGUAAUUACCACGUUAACACCUUGCUUGCCCGCCUUGCAUAUUGUUAUUUUUUUACUAUUAAUAUAGGUGUAUGAUAUAUUUAUUUUUUAAACCGGAUUAGUCAUGGAACAAUUCAUAGGUAUCUGCAACUCCUUAAUACAAAAUGAUUUAUACAUUAUGGGGUGUGUUCAUUAAACACCAAAACGUAAUAAAACGAAACUUGUGGGGGGAAAAGUUUUGAAGUUGGAGAAUUUUUACAAAUAGACACUUUUUGUGUGUGUUUCAGUUUGGUUUUAAAUUUGCUACUCUUUGCUGAACCUUCAUUUUAUUUUAACGACAUCUAUAGUUUACUUCUCAACCAGGCUUGGGGGAGUGCUAGAAUUUGUACCUCCCAAUUAGAGCUAAUUGAUGCACCUAGACUGGCUGUUUGUGGUUGCUAUGGAAACAGACAUAUUCCCUGUGUGGUGUGUUAUAAUAAGCUGUGAUGCUUCCUUUCUUGUAGAUUGUUUGAAAUUUGAUAUCCUAUUUAUGGAACAGGGUGCUAAGGGAUCUGAAGCUAUACGAUGAAUCAACAUCAGCUGUGCUACUGCUACUCAGUCCUAGACAUCCCAUACCUUCAAUGUUGUCUUCAGGGAAUUUUUUAUGACUCUUAGCCAGCUUCCACUUCAUCCUGAUUUUAUUAUAUCACAUUGUUUUAAUUGGAUCCAAUCCACCAAACUAAAAAUAAAAUAGUAAUCUAAAUCUAGGAAUACAGUGUAACUGUUUAUGCGGGGUUAGCAAUUUACACUAGUAUUUUCAAGUUUUACUUUCAAGUAUCAGAUCUCCACAGGAUGGCUGUCUGUUUUCGCCAGGUUUAUUUAGUAAUCCGAUAUACACAGCCUGUAAGAAGGUUGUGGAUCCUAGAGAAAUAGUGGUGACUUAUUGCCUGCGUUUCUGUACACAUGUAUACAAUCUGUUGUUUGUUUGUACAUUCUGCCUAGUGCAUAUGUGAUUAUAAACUAAUCUGACUGGGUGUUACUGUCUUUCAGGCUGAAGUUGAAGAAACCUUGAAGAGGAUUCAGUCUCACAAAGGUGUGAUUGGAACCAUUGUGGUUAAUUCAGAAGGUAAUGUGGAUUUUAUGUAUUUGCUUAUUGUUACCAUUUUUCCAAAUACACAUAUUUUGAUAGUGUGCCGCAGAAUGAAUAAUAUAUAAUAGAAUGAACUAUGUAUUGUUCUUUCACUCUAUCCUGAAAACAGUACAUACCUCCCAAGUUAGGAAGACAGUCCCUAUUUUGUCCCCAAAUCUCUCUGUCCAGCUUUACUAUCCUAAUGUCCCUUUUUCUAGGGGCUCCAUAGCGUUUGUGUUUCUGAGUGUAUAACAGAGCUCUUCAGCAAUAAAAUACAUAGGAAUGCGUCUUUAAACUAUAAUAAAUGUGUUUGUAAAUCUCUGUGUAAAUAAGAUACAUUGGUCUUGUUCUAGAUUACAUUUUAGUUGCAUAAGUUAUUAGUAAGUGCCUAAAAUGUUUAGAACUUCCCUGCUACUGGCCACACACAAACCUUUAAAAUGAAAGUGUCCCUCUUCCUUUUUUUUUCCAUUUGAACUGUUGGAAGAGGUGUAGUACUGAGGAUUUAUACUGUUGUAUGGAACACAGUGGCAAGAACAUGUUAAACAUUUUCUUAUUUCUCUCAAGAUACACAAAGGGGUUUAAAAUACAGAGUUUAUUAUAUUUUGAAUUCUAGGUACAUUUGCAGUAUUAAAUGCGGUUAUCACAUGGUGCGGAUGUUUACAUGGAUCUUUCCUACACAUAUGAUGGUAUUGCAAAAUGGUAUUACCUUUAUGGUCAUAGGCCUAUGAAUUAUUCAAAUCCAUAUCUAACUUAAAUUUAAAAAGAGAACCUGAUGUGACCCUACUACAUUCAAACUGGGCUGUACCUUCCACUUCGUUAAAUGUCUUGCUAUACAUUUGUUUUUUAGCUACUAAAAUCAUAAUAGCUAGACAAUGGAAAUCAAAUCUUCCUUUCCAAAAGAAGUAUUAAAUAGACCAAUUCACAUAUCAACUUCGUAUGGAAAGGGAUUUACAUGGUUCUUCCUUAUGCUCUCUAUAUAAGCAAUAAUAUAAUAUAUUAAAUGGCUGAAAACACUAGUAGCAACCAACUAAAACAUUAACUAGGACUGAUCUUUGAUAUUAGAUGUGACAAUAUUUUUAUUCUUGAACUGACCAUGACCUAGAUUUGUAAAUUUGCACUGAGAUGUCUGUAUAUUUGUUGUUUGUUUCUUGGGGGGAAAAGAAAAGCAAAACGAUACAAAGCGAUAUUUUGUUUUAAUUAUCCUUUUCCAAUUGUGUUGUGAUAUUGUUGUUAAUGUAAUAUAUAUAUAUAUAUAUAAUUUUUUUUUUUUUUUUGUAUAUAUGUUGUACAUGUUUUUUAAAAAAAUUCAAAUAAAUGUGGUUAUCAUAAGCUGCAUACCAUCCAGAUAACCACUAUGAAGUUCUCCUAAGAUUUUAAGAAUUAUGGCAAAUGGGAUCUGCAUUUAAAGGCCUAACCACAAAAAUAGAAGUUUAUUAUUAAAAGUAACAUAGUACAAAGUAUUAUAAAAUGUUUAUCUACACAACAUAUUGGCAGUCCCAAAAUCUCAGUAUUGGUAAACUUGGUUGCUUAUAAAAUGUUCUUGGUUGCUUAUAAAAAUUAUUCUUGUGGCAACAAGGACAAGUUGUUAUCUUCAUUGUGAUGUUUUCUCAUGUUUUUUAUUUUUUAUUCUCAGAUUUCUAACCGCUUUCUUACCCUUUCUUAGGAAUUCCAAUUAGGACAACUCUGGAUAAUUCCACCACAGUGCAAUAUGCUGGUCUCCUCCACCAACUGUCUAUGAAAGCCAGAAGUACAGUACGAGAUAUUGACCCACAAAAUGAUCUCACCUUUCUCCGAAUACGAUCAAAAAAACAUGAGAUCAUGGUUGCUCCAGGUAUUAGAAGAACUGGCAAAUCUGGUUUGAGAGGUUUUUUUUUUCUGUAGCACAAUUAGACUUUGCUCUCACACUAUAGAACGUUCUAGACAUUCCAUCCCCAAUGUUAGAUAGUACAGCUUGUUUGUUUAAUAAUUAGUAUAAGAUAUGAACUUUACUCGAUAGAGGGAUCAUAAAAAUAAUUGCCAUUCAUACUUUGAAUUUGUCUGUGUACAUCCACUCCAAGAGAACUUUCACCAAGCAGAGGAAAGAUCAUAUUCCUCUGUUAUACCAGAGAACAGGAGAUGGACAUAUAUAGGACUAUUCACAAAAUACCAAAUUGCAACCAUAGCUGGUUUUUAAACUUCUCCAUCUCCACUAGAGUCACAGCUUAGAUAUUUUAACCUACAGUUUGCAGUUCACUUCAGUGUUUAGUGAAUAAAUGCCAUAGUUCGGGAGUAUUUCUUUAUUUGAGCCUUGAUUGAAAGGGAGCUGAUGGUAAUAAUGCUCAGUGUCCCUUUUAAAGAAAACAUUUAUUAUUCUACUAUUUCAAUAAGACUAUGUACAAAGUGAGUGAUGAUGAAUUUGCUUUGUUUAUCUUUCUACAUCACUUAAUUAGCGGUAUUUUCACAUGAGUCGGUGUAGUGGUUUCCACUGUUUGUAGAAGAAAAUAGCUGAUCCUGGCAAAAGUUAGUUUUAUUGACAUAGUAUACUACAGUGCAAUUAUUACAAUAGCUAGCAGAAUUUAAACUUCUAAGUCGAAUGUGAAAUUUUGUCUCCAUAAUUCUGCAUCCGUUAACAGAGUAAUAUGACAAAAAUCAUACUGUCUAAUAAAACAAUUUGUUACUGUCAAUAUUUUUUAGCUUAUUCUAGAAUGUUCCCUUAAUAUAUUUAAACAGUAAUAGUAUAAACAGAUUCUAAAAAGAGUGAAGUACCAGCGCUAAUUUAAAAACAGUAUAAUAUAUCAAAAUUGUAUAAACCGAUGUAUAAUAGGCUGCUAUAACACCAUAAUCUUAUCUUAUAUUGUAGAAAUAGAACCAUUACUUGGGUAAUAGUAUAACAUUUUAUAAAAUAUAUAUAUAUAUAUAUAUUUUUUUUUUUUUAAUUUUACUUUUUUUUUUUUUUUCCAGAUAAAGAAUACCUGCUGAUUGUUAUCCAGAAUCCAUCAGAAUAAGCAGACCCAAAAGAUGCAGAUCUAAUUUUGAAACAAUUUCUAGUAAACAUGAUAUUUAAGUUAUUUUUUUUUUUUCUUGUAAACACGUGAUGUGGGUUGAAGCUUACUUGUAAUUUGUAUUGCCAUGUGAACUAUAAUAAAUGGUAUAAUAUCACAA